GGUGUUGUCGAAGUUCUUCGUUCGCCUACAAAUAAGUUUCAAGUUCUUCUUAAUGCUACUUUUGAAGAAAAGCAUGAUUGGGGACUGCAUCAUACUUUAAGAACUGGGAGCAAUGAAUUAUUUCUUCAAGUCUCUUCAAGAAUGGUGCAGCAAAGACACUACACAGACGUUGAGGAAGAUACUGUUUAUCUACAGCUUUUGCUUAUCACAGUCGCGUCUCUGGUCUUGGUCGUUUUUGUUGUUUCCAUUAUAUUUUCCUGUUGGUGGAUUAAGAGCCGGCAGGAGAGUAUUGAACCGAUCCCUUGCUACACUGAUGCAUCAGAAAAGCCUGAAUAUGCCGAAGAUUGCCGAAUUAACGGAAACGGAACUCUGAAUGGCGAUGGAGAGAUCGAGCUCAUCUCAUUGGGCCAAAAUAUUUUCAAUGCCUACGGAUCAGAUAAAGCUCAAAGUAAAAUUACUGGAGGUGGUGAGUACACAACAUUCUCGGCUUUGUCUGAUUCCAAGGAUGAUGCUGAUGGCGAUAUGAAAGCCAGAGGGACCGACAUGGAUGGACCUAGGCAAUCAACAGAAGGCAAUGCUACCCUCCCGGGAACUACUCACACUCUUCCACGAUACACAAUUGCUGGGAAUAAUGGAGUAAAUAGUAGUGGUGGUGGUGGAAAUGCCAUUAUAGGCGUUCAACCCUCUCUAGUUUCGUCUACCGUGUCUUCCGCCACUGUUAAUACAUUUGGAGCCUCUCUACCAAGGAUGUCUGAGGUGGAAAGAGUCGGAUUGAUGAAUAUGAAACCAGGUUAUUCCUCAACCACCGGCCGAACACGUCAUGUAGCAAAGGAGUUUCUCGACGAGUCAGUGUUAAACACGGCGAGCCGCAAAUUGAAAACUCCCACCGAACAGGUUAUGAGACGUCCACCGCUUUCAAAUAUUGUCUCAACUGUCGCAACCUCUAGCACAGCUCCCCAAAAACUUAUUCUUCUUCAACCGACUCCCUCAGUCGCACCGGGUGGAGAACAGACCUUCCUGUUAGCUUCCACUGCUGGUGAGUUUCUAGAAGGGCUGCAUUUUCUUGCAUCCGUGUUAAAUUCCUGUGAGAUUCAUUCAUCUACAACACCACCUUCCGGCGCUACUCUCUUCGUGAAGGUUGAUUCGGGUCAGAAUCCUGUCGGAAAUACUGAGAUUCAACAUCUAAGUCCAUCGCCGCAUACCACUACCACUGGAGUUCCACUUCUAACCGGAGAUUUUCUUGCUGAAAUGGCUGCUUGUCCGCAGCAUAGCUAUCUCUUCCGUCAGCAGGUGAAUACCACUUUUGAAACUCCACAACCAAUCACAGGCCUUCCGUCCACUUCACCAAUUCCUUCGGCCAAUGUUGAAACUACUACCCCGCCAUCAACCGGAGAAACUGCGGUUCCCACAGAAGCUCCGCCGGUAAGAUUUGAGCUAUCCCAUUUUCAUAAUGACAGCAGUGUUAUAAAAUGUGAUUUUAAGGCUAUGUAUAUAAGCAAAAACACCUUUCUACCUUUUUAUUUACUUUAA